AUGGGACGUCGUGAGAGUGAUUUGUCCGUAGUAAGAGUUCCGGCUUACUCUUACAUCCAUGUCAUCGACAACAAUACAAAUGUUACUCGUCUGGAGACAGGUCCACAGACAUUUGUUGCCAAAGACAACGAGAAAAUUGUGCUUGAUCCGACACCUUUCGUGACCAUCCCCGAACGUAGCUUCGCGACCAUCAAGAAUCCGGUCGAACGAGAUGAAAAAGGUGAAGUCAAGUACGACGAUUACGGCGGUGCAAAGCUUCACUUUGCCGACACCGAGAUCCGUUUUCACGACUUCCUUUCUGGUGAAAGAUUCCCUCUUUACCCCGGAGAAGUCUUGGAAGGAGAAGUGAAGGAGCUUCGCGUGGUUGCCAAAGAUACUGCGCUUCGAAUUCACUGCACGCAAGACUUCAAAGACAAGGCUGGCACUCAGCGAGUCGCGGGAGAAGAAUGGCUCUUUUUCGGUCCAGCUACCUACUACCCCCGCAAGGAGGAGAAGGCUGUUUCAGUAAUCAAGUCGCUUAUCAUCGGACGUAACCAAGCGGUCAGACUCCGAGCGACUCGUGAUCUGGAAGACGCUAACAAGAAAAAACGAGUCGCAGGAGAAGAAUGGCUCAUUCGCAAAGUUGGAAACUACCUUCCCGGACCGCACGAAAUGGUCAUUGAAACUCUGGACUCUCGAGUGCUAACCGAUAAAAAGGCACUUCACGUCCGAGCAACUGGCAACUUCACGGAUUUCACUGGAAAAGAGCGAAAGACUGGAGAUACCUGGCUAGUCACUAAGGAUGACAUCGAAGCAUUUAUUCCUGAUAUUUGCGAAGAAGUCGUUCAAGAAGUUGCGGUAACAACCCUGAGCUCGCGCCAGUACUGCGUCAUUGAAGAUCCCGUCGACGCGAACCUAAAGAAUCAGCGAGGAAAGAAAAUCUUGCGUCGCGGAGAGGCAUCCUUCUUCUUGCAUCCCGAAGAAUCCAUCCCCAGAGGCAUCCAGAACUUCAUCAUUCUUGGCGAAGACGAAGGUCUUGUUCUCACUGCGAAUGAAGCAUUCACAGACGAGAACAAUAUCUCGCGAGCUCCUGGAGACAAAUGGAUGUUCAAGGGACCUGGCGAGUUUGUUCCGACCGUGGAGACUGACAUCAAGUGUUUGAACAAGGCGAUUGCGCUUGCGGAAACCGAAGGUGUUUACAUUCGAGACAUUAAGACCGGACGAGUCCGCACGGAAAUCGGAACAACUUAUCUUCUGAAAGAAAACGAGGAGUUUUGGGAGAAAGAACUGCCAGAGCAUGUGACCAAACUCAUCGGACUCGACCCAUUGGUCAAUCGAAACAACCGCAUCGACAUCUCCAACGAUGUUAUUCGUCAACGAGACAACAUGCAUAAACGCGCUGCUCCAGGUGGAUCUCUCUUUGGUGCAACAAAUGCAGAAUUCGUGGGUGCUCCAGUCGGCCGAAAGGGAUUUCCUACUACCGUAGUUCCCAAAGCAGCGCGGGUUGUUUCCCUGGAAGUGCCCCAAAAUGCUGCUUGUCAGCUGUACGAUUUCAAGGCCAAGAAGUCGCGUGUUGUGUUCGGUCCCGAGCUUGUGAUGUUGCAGCCAGAUGAACAAUUCACUGUGCUGUCCCUUUCUGGAGACAAGCCAAAGAAGCCAGGUGUUAUCAAGUCACUCGUUCUUCUCCUCGGCCCGGAUUUCUGCACCGAUGUUGUGGACGUAGAAACAGUUGAUCAUGCUCGACUUCGGCUCAAUGUCUCUUACAACUGGAAUUUCGACACGGACAAGGCCAAGGCGUCCGAUGAGGCCAAGGAAAAACUGUUUUGCGUUCCCGACUUCAUUGGAGAUAUGUGCAAGACGACUGCGUCGCGAAUUCGUGCCGCUGUUGCCAGCAAGACCUUCGAUGAGUUCCACAAGGACAGUGCCAAGAUCAUCCGAGGAUCUGUUCUCGGCUUCGAAGAUACUGAGAAAACGAAAGUCAAGGACAAACUUGAAUUCCCCAACAACCACUUGGUCAUUACAUCUGUCGAUAUUCAGUGCGUGGAACCCGUCGACCAGCGCACAAAGGACUCUUUGAUGAAGUCGGUCCAGUUGGCGAUCGAGAUUACCACAAACUCUCAGGAAGCCAAAGCGAAGCAAGAUGCUCUCCGAGUAGAGCAGAAAGCCAAGGGUGAACUCGAGCGUCAACGAAUUCAAGACGACGCCGAAGCCGAGAAGUCUCGUCAGGAGCUUCUCAAACUCCAAGCGGCUUCUGCUGCGCUCGAAUCAUGUGGCCAAGCUCAGGCUGAAGCGAAAUCAAGAGCCGAGGCUUCCGCUAUCGAGUUCCAGGCUUCUGUUGAUCAAGCUCGUCUUCGCGCGGAAGCUCAGAAAAUCGAAGCCGAUGCGGAGUUAGAUCGACUUCAGAAGGCAAGAGACGCCGAAAUCGAUUACAUCAAGAAGAAGAACGAGCUUGAGCUCACGAAGCAGCAGGAAGAGUCGAAGCUUGAAAUUGCUAAGUUCAAGGAAAUGGUCGACGCAAUCGGACCUGAUACAAUCCGCGCGAUGGCAAGCGCUGGACAAGACAACCAAGUAAAACUUCUCCAGUCACUUGGGCUUACAUCUACUCUGAUCACCGACGGCCGAAGCCCGAUCAACUUGCUCAACACUGCCCAGGGAUUCAUCAGUGCAGCCGGGGGAUCAGCCAAUUCGAUGCCUGCUGCUCAGCCACGAAUUCAACCUGAAGAUUUAUAA